AUGGGUUCAUUUGUAAGAAAUAUUUCUAUUAUUGGAUCGGGUCCAUCGGGACUUUAUACAGCAUAUCAUUUAAUUAAAAAAGCAAAUACAAUUAAGAUACCAUUUAAUAUUAAAGUAUGGGAAAAAUUUCCAGUACCAUUUGGUUUAAGUAGGUUUGGUGUUGCACCUGAUCAUCCUGAAGUUAAAAAUUGUGAAUUAACGUUCGAAUCAAUGUUUAAAGAUUAUAAAAAUUUAAGUAAUGGAUAUUGUCAAGAUUUACAAUUUAUUGGUAAUACUAUUAUAGGUAAUCAAACAAAUACAAUUGAAAAUAAUAUUCCAUUAAAAAAAUUAUAUAAUUCUCAAGAUAUUAUUGUAUUUAGUUAUGGUUGUAAUGGUGAUAAAAGAUUAAAUAUUUUAAAUGAAAAUUCAACUUCUGGUAUAUUUACAAGUAGACAAUUUGUUAAUUGGUAUAAUGGACAAUUUGAUAUGUCAUUAAAUGAAAAGUUUAUGAAUUUUAAUUGGUCAAAAGUUUCAAAUGUUGGAAUUAUUGGUAAUGGUAAUGUUGCAUUAGAUUUAGCAAGAAUAUUAAUUAGUAAUCAAAUUGAUUCAUUAUGGUCAAAUACAGAUAUUUCAAAUAUUGCUUUAAAAAAAUUAAAUGAAGCUCCAAUUAAAUCAAUUAAAAUCUUUGGUAGAAGAGAAUUUUCACAAUCAAAAUUUACAAAUAAAGAAUUUAGAGAACUUUGGGAAUUAGAAAAAUAUGGUAUCUUUGGACAAAUUAAAUCAGAUGAAUUUCAAUCUAUGAUACAAAAUUUGAAUAAUAAUAAUUCAAACAAAUCUAUUUAUGAUCGUGUAAUGAUGAGACGUCUUGAGAUGUCUCAGCAAUAUAUGUUACCGUUUGAUCAAAGAACUAAAAAAAAUUAUAAAAAAUUUAUACCUCCUGUAGAUAGAAAAGAUGCAUUAAAGACGUGGGAAUUUCAAUACUUAAAGAGCCCUCAAUCAAUUAAUAUACAUGAUGAAGAUGGUAUGAACCGUUCCUUAAAAUCAGUGACAUUCACUAACAACAGGGUCGAUCCUAACGGCAAUAUUAUUAGCUCUAAGGAUAAGAACGAUACAAUUACAUAUGAUCUUGAUCUAUUAAUAACCUCGUUAGGUUAUAAAGGUGAACCAUUAGAUGGGUUUGAUGAAAUGGGGAUCUGUUUUGAAAACGGGCAUAUUAAGAAUAAUAAAGGAAGAGUAUGUUCAAAGGAUGAUCAUACAUUACCUGGAUUAUAUACGUCGGGAUGGAUAAGUAAUGGUGGUCGUGGGGUGAUAGCUAACACCAUGCAAGAUUCUUUCCAAGUAGCAGAUCAAAUAUUGACAGAUUUACCCAUUCUAUCCUCUUCGAAGGAAGAAAACUCUAUAAAUUCAAUACUUCAUGAUACCACAUCAUGGAAGGAUUGGGAAAAAAUUAAUCAAAUUGAAAUGACUAAUGGUGUACCGUAUGGGAAACCAAGAUUAAAGUUUCUCACUGUAGACUCCAUUAUGAAACAGAUAUAG